AUGAGGAGAGGAAUACUAGCAUGGCUGUUGCUCAUCAUUUGCUGCACAGCUCUUUCAUACCAUGCAUGUGAAGGAGCUGUUACCCCUCAGUACAAAACAUUGAAAAGGAGAGAGCAGCUCCGGAAUGUAUACGAGACAAUGAGUGAAUCAAAAGAAAAAGGUGAACGGAGAAGGCUUGUGGGGGUCAUGCAUGAAGUUGAUUUGAAGAGUUUCCAAAGAGCAAAGGGAGUUUAUGGUGGUGGAGACAUGCUUCGUCCUCGUACCAAGUCCAAGAAUGGAGCAAGUUCUUUACUCUUGAAAUCCUCAACAAUUCUGUCAAAAACAUUCGGAUACGCUGUAGUUGGAUUGGCCAUGUUUUUCGUUGUCUUUUGA